GGUGCCGGGGCAGCGCUGUCCCCGCUGUCCCCGCUGUCCCCGCUGCCAUGAGCGCCCCGCAGCCGCGUAUUCUUGAAACCUAUAACAGUCUUACAGACAAACACCUGGUUGGAUAUUUCAGCAAUGCCAGGAUAAGACGACAUCUUCAGAAAUCAGGACUGAUCUCCAGGAGCGGCAGAAUCAUACCGGAGAAGGAAUACCGCCUCAAUGCCAUAAGGAGGGACCACCAGAGACACGUCCAGGGCUGCUUGGCUGAUGCCAUAUAUCACAAGGUCCUUGACAUUGAGCAUCAUCAUCAGCUGGGGAUUAACAGAAGACUUGAUUGUUCUGCAAGGAAAGAGACGAUGCAGUCAGCCAAGAUCGAGCGCUUGAUGGGACAAGUGUCGCCCCUGUACGCCCCCCACCCGCCCGUGGCCCCCCGGAACCACCAUGCGCUCUGUCCCUUGGUGUCCGGAGAGCGCACCGGGCGCUCGCUGCGGAGGGGACCCAGACUUAGAUUUGAUUAUGGUGAUGGGCGUUAUUAUUUCCGAGCCAAGGAGCCUCCCGUCUCUAAGGUGAGGCAGAGCAGCGAGCUCAAGUUCAGGAACCCCAUGGAUUACAUGUCCGGCGCGUCCCCGUACCGGCCCCGCAAGCGCCGCCGCCGCGCGGCCCCGGUGCCGCCGCCGCGCCCGCACGUCGGGGACAGGUGCAUCCCCGGCAUCCGGCGCGGGCUGCCCGUCGAGAGAUGGUUCCACUCCACCACGGGCUUCAACGAGCAGUUCUUGAUCAACAAUACCAAUGGGUUCCCCAAGUCCCCAUUAUGCAGCAACGCCCUGGUCACCAUGAUCUACCUGGGAAAGAGUAAGCACGUGUCACUCCGUGAUCACAAGGAUGAAAUCAAAGUCUAUCAGCAAUACUGUGGAACAGAAAACAUUUGUGUCUAUAAAGGCGACCUGUUGGAAGGAGACACCUUCCAGUUCAUCUCUAAGAGGUACCUCGGUUACCCGUUCAGCCUCACCUUUUUCCUGAACGGGCUCCAAGUUGACAGGCUGAGCUCUUGCUGUGAGUACAGAGGCUUUCAGACCAAGAGGCCGUGCCGGCUGCAGCGCAGAAACACCUACUUCAGGGUGCUCCACGUGGCAGGAGCCCCUCCUUGCUACAGGUGCUUUCUCGCGAUGGGUCUGGACAAAAAGCUGUACCCUCCCAAGAAGAAGCUGAAGUUCUACUCGAGGCCACACAUGUGCUCCUGCUCUCCUUACUGCGCGCACAGCGAGCCCUGUGACAGCAACGUGCUGCCCAAAUCCAUUGAAGACUCGGUGUCACUCACCAUAGCCAGCCAAGAGGACAGCGUGGACACUAUCGACGAAACACUCGACUCUGAACAGGAGUGCUGCGAGGAAGAAGAGGAAGAGGAAGGAGAAGAAAUAGAAGGAGAAAUAGAAGGAGAAGUAGAAGAAGAAGCACAAACAGAAGACCGAUCUUUUGUGGGGACCGAAGGCACCACUCAGGAAACCAACACUCAGGAAACCACCAGUGAAAGUGAAUAUGAUGAAGAUUUUGAAGAUGAAGAAGUUAAUGAAGAGGGACAGAUUGGUGAUCAAAUGAAUGGAAUGUCAAAGUCAUCCUUAAAUGAUAAAAACCAUAAUUUAGACUAUGGAAAGGAGAGUGAAACCUCAUCUCAGAAGGCACUGCAGGCCUCUGACAGUGAGAAAGAUAAAAGUGGCAGAUGUUCUGAUGACAGGGACUCUGAAGAUGAUCUGCCAGAGAGGAGGCCUGCAGACUCUCUCUCAUCCAUGAGCACUCAGUGCAGCUCUGAGACUGACUCGCAAGCUGAAAUGAAGGCAGACCAUGGGAAUUGCAAAGAGGAUUGCAAUAUCAAAAGUACAUCUGAUAGUGCAGCACAUGCACACUGUGGAAAUGAGAAUGGGGAGAAGAAACUGCUCAGAGUGAAGGAAAAUCAAGAGAAUUCUGCGCUGGAAAAGAAAGGAAUAUAUGAAGCAGACAAGACAAAACCAGAAGAUCUAACAGCAAGGGAAGAUACUAGAAUUUUUCAUGAAAACAUAAGGGCAAUGCAGCAUCAAAACCCUGAGGUUAACGGGGAAUUCAAGCAGACUGGGUCAGGAGAAAGUAGCAUGAAUGAGGAGGAGGAGGAAGGUCCUCCAGUGCCUUGGGAAAGCAGGGUAUUGGGCAAGGAGGAUGGCAACGAAGAGGAAGGAGGGGUUUUUGAAGACUGCAAACCAGUCCAGGAGGAAACAGCAAAAGCAACUGGAAAUGAUCGUCCUGUGAAUUCUGACCCUGAGCCUGGUGAUUUGUGUGCCAAUGAGGAAGAAAAGAAUGCAGCAAAUACAGAGCAUAGUGCCAGUGGAGCAGCAGAUGGAAGGCUCCUGGCAGAAGGGAGGAGAAGCCUGGAUGUGCAGGAGGCAGCAGCACGAGCAGGGGAGGCGGCAGGGCCGGGACAGGCCCCGGAGCAGGACGGGGCUGCUGGGGGAGAUGCUGGCAGCGGAGAGGCCGCAGGAAAAGCUGCAGGGGCAGGGGAUGCACUGCCCCAGGCAGGCACGGGGGCUGCGCUGGGGGAGCUCGCGCCUGAGGAGGGCACCGUGGCACAGGAACGGCCCCGAGGAAAGGGAACAGGGCCGGCAGCGGAGCUGGGCACAGAGGGGUCACCCGGGGAGCAGUGGGUGCUGGCAGAGGGCAGGGACAGAGAGGUGGCACUGGGAAAGGCAGUGGAGCUGGGCACAGAGGGUUCGCCAGGGGAGCAGGAGGUGCUGGCAGAGGGCACGGACAGAGAGGUGGCAAUGGGAAGGGCAGUGGAGCUGGGCACAGAGGGGCCAGCUGGGGAGCAGCGGGUGCUGGCGGAGGGCACGGACAGAGAGGUGGCACUGGGAAGGGCAGCAGCUGGCACAGAGGGGUCGCCUGGGGAGCAGGAGGUGCUGGCAGAGGGCACGGACAGAGAGGUGGCAAUGGGAAGGGCAGUGGAGCUGGGCACAGAGGGGCCAGCUGGGGAGCAGCGGGUGCUGGCGGAGGGCACGGACAGAGAGGUGGCACUGGGAAGGGCAGCAGCUGGCACAGAGGGGUCGCCUGGGGAGCAGCGGGUGCUGGCAGAGGGCAGGGACAGAGAGGUGGCAAUGGGAAGGGCAGUGGAGCUGGGCACAGAGGGGCCAGCUGGGGCACUGCCAGGGGGGCAGGCACACAGAGCCGUGCCCCAGGGGCAGGAGGGGGCUGGGGGCACCACUGAGGAGGAGGCUGCAGACGAAGGCCUCAAAGGAGCAGGAGGGCCCCCAGCAGAGGAGGAGGGGGGCCAGCCAGGGUCCGAGGCAGGGGAGCCCCUGGGGCAGGGAGGGUCUGCGGGGAAGGACACGACGGUGGCAGCUGUGUCAGAGGGAGAGGACGCUGGGGAGGAUGCUGAUGUGGCAGCUACAGAUGGGAAUGCCAGAGCUGUGGGCCCUGAAGGAGAAAAGGCUGUUGAAGAAGACUUUUCUGAAGGGGAGGAGGCUUUGGGGAAGCCUGGGGCUCUCUGGGAAGCACUAGGGGAUAUGGAAACAGGACAAGUAAUGUCUGGAGGGGAAGGGUUUGUUAAGCCAAGUCAGUUUUCCCAGCUGAAAGUGUCAGAGGAAGAGUGGAUGGCGAUGGGGAAAGCUGUCCCCGGAGAUGCUGCAGCACUUGAGAGUGCUCAGGCUCUCCAGAGAGUGGAGGACACGAGAGAAGAGUCUGUGGAGGCUGACAAGGGUCCCGCACUGGAAGCGGCACCUGGGUUAGGGGCACUGGGGGCUGCUCGGGGGGAUCCUGUCACUGAGGGCUCAUCACAGGUGGAGGAGACACUGGCAGUGCAGGAGGAGGGUGCAGCAGAAGCACUUUGGAGUGGAAACCCGUCUGAGGGCAGCGAAGCAGAGACAGAGGGAGCAGUGGAAGGAAAACCCGAGGGAGAGGCAGUGGGAGGGUCUGCAGGGGCGGCCGGAGCGGGCUCGGGGGAUGAAGAGGAGGCCACAGAUGGAGCGGCAGGUUCAGAGGAGCCGGCAGCGGGGACAGAGGGGUGGCUGAGGUGUGGGCAAGCGGGAGGGCAGGAGACGUGUCCCGGGGAGGGGGCGGCGGGGCCGGGCGGGAGCCGGGCCGGGGAGCCGGGGCUGGUGGCCAUCGCUGUGCUGGGCGGGCAGGCCGGGCCCGGAGCGCUGCCCGGGGGGCUGGCAGUGCCCGGGGGGCCCGCAGUGCCCGGGGGGCCCGCAGUGCCCGCAGUGCCCGGGGGGCCCGCAGUGCCCGCGGGGCCGGCAGUGCCCGCGGGGCCCGCAGUGCCCGCAGGGCCCGCAGUGCCCGGGGCUGGCGGGCUGGGCACUGGGGCCAUGGCACAGGCCGGGGUGACGGCAGCAGCGCCGGGGGCACAGAGCGGGGCAGGGGCACAGCCGGUGUCGGGGCCGGGCGGGGUGCCGGGAGGGGCCGGGCAAGGGCCGGCCGGGGCACCCGCGGCUGCCGGGCCCGAGGGGAAGCGGGAGGCGGCUGCAGGGGCCGAGGCGCGGGCCGCGGAGCCCGCCGGAGCACCGCAGCCGGAGCCGGGCGCGGGGCCGCUCGGGCACCCAGCGGGGCUCGGAGCGGGGGCGCUGGGGGAGCAGGCCGCUGCAGAGGCCGCCCCGAGCGGCCCCGGGCACGGGGGAGUGGCGGCGAGGGCGAGAGGAGCGGCAGGCGAGGGGCUGUGCCCGGGCACCCCGCCACAGCCGGCAGCCACAGGGACAGCGCGGGGCAGGCACGGGCGGCAGGAGCCGGGCAUGGAGCGGGGUGCAGGGCAAGCCGGGGAGCGGCAGCCGAGUGCCCCUGAGAACACCAGAGAGGGCGAGGUGGCCGCUGUCUCGGCCAGUGCCGGGCCCGCUGCCGGAGCCGCGGAGCCGAGGAAGGACGGUCCCGUCGGAGGGAGCCCGAGUGUCCCGGCUGACGGGGGCGACAGGAGCCGCAGUUCCCGUCAGGAUAGUGCAUACCCAGACCCACUCAUCAUGUCCUCAGAAGAGGAUGGGGAAGAAACCCUGCUCUGAGCUUUUCCUGCAGCCCUCGGUGUUGUGUCCUGCCACAUGCUCUCAGCUGGCCGCGGGUUUGUGCCGGCUGGGAUGUCGCUCCUCUCUCUCUUCACCCCGUGAGUAGCGCAGCCACCUGUCACGUCUCACUGGAGCAGCUCCUCAGUGUGCAGCAGACAACUGGAACAAGCUUGUGUCUGCCAGCCCGGGAAGCAGCACUCCUUUGGAAGGACGAGGACAGUAAUCACAAGGAUUGUUCCACACCUGUCUGCCUUGUUUUUCUUGAAAACCACAGAAGUACUGGGCUGACUGAACUUGCCCUCCUCCCCUAGGCGCCGCUUGCUCCUGCAGGCAGGCAGGGCUGUUCUCCUGGCAUCUUCCCCACCCAUGCCAGGGCAGGGGAGCCCUCCUGCUUGCACAGUGCCCCCGUGCCUGGAGCGUGUGGGGGGCUUCCCUCCCCUUGGCAUCCAGGCUUGCUGCUGGCCACACUCCAGGGCAUUCUCAGCACGUGGAAAUGUUGAAAUUUGUUAAAUCAGAACAAUUGCAACAGGUAUUUGUAAAUGCAUAAAGCUUGGCCUUCUGCUUUUGCUGGAGUCACUCAGGAGGAGUCAGUGGAGCCUCAGCUGAGGCUGCCAGGAGGGUGGUGAGUUUAGAGUUGCCUCAGCCUGGCUGCCCUUCCCUGCUGCCCCAGGCUCUUCCCAGCUCUGCUGCGCCUCUGGCAGCACUGGGGCCCCAGGACCCUUCUGGGCCAGGCAAAACCCCUUCGGGGCUGGGUGUGCAGCAGCCUGUAGGCACUCCAAGCUUGGUGGGUGCAGCAGACUCAGCCCCACAGAGCGGGGACUGUACCUGCCUUUUCAAGGAGGGAGAAGACGCUGAAAUGGGCAGGAUUUUGAGCGGAUUGGUGCUGUGAGUCACGGCAGAUCAAUAGACACGGAACUGGAAACUCAAACGUGAUCAAGUGGUUGCUGUGUGUUUGCUCCUAGAGACAUUCCUGUACUAGAGCUGGUUGCAUGUGUGUGUUUAGUCUGCACAUGUCUCAGAGGGCUGUGCUUUCUCUGUCCAUACCCAUGCCUACGUGUUCACUCAGGCCUAUUAAAUACCUGUACCAGUC